AUGAUUGAACCAGAGCUGCUUCUUCCUAGUUCAUGGCAACCCAGCUUCAUUACCACACCCUCACCAUCACAAUUUGAAUAUGGUGAUCAAGUAAUGGAAUUUUGUGACUUUCCUUGUUCCUUCCCUUCCCCGGAGGCGGAGUCCUCUGUGGUUUCUUCAAGCUCUGAUGUCCCAACCAUGUUCCCUGACGAGUUUCUGGAUCUCGACAAUUGGGUAGAUGGAGUUCAAAUGUGCUCGCCCAUAGAUACAGCUACUCCGAGUGAAAAAAUGGAGGAGGAUAUCUAUGAAUGGGUAAAUGGAAAUGAUAGGACAGCAGAAGGAAAUUGUUCGUCUCUGCUGACCACUGACACUGUGAGUAACGAAGGGAGCCCUUGUGUUUCUGUAGAAUGUAACCAUAAUCCCUGGGAGUAUUCUCUCACUGGCAUGGAGAAGAUGAAGAUGGAUGAGCAAUUGAGUCUGAUUCAUCUGCUCAAGGCGUAUGGUGAGGCUAUGGAGAAUGGGGAGGAGGAGCUGGCGGAGGUGAUUGUGAAGUCUAUAAACGAGAAAAGCAGUCCUGUGGGCAACACCAUGGAACGCCUUGCGUACAACCUGUUUCAGUCCAGAGAUCACCAAGGAGAAUAUUUGAGGCUGGAAUCAAGCAAGAAUUUCUUACCAGCAUUCAAGGUGUUGUGUCAGAGUCUCCCCAACUCCCAGUUCGCUCAUUUCACAGCUACCACUGCUAUCCUCAAAUCAAUGCCACACGAUGUAGAAAAAAUACGCAUAAUAGAUUUCCAUCUCGGGGAGGGGAUUCAGUGGCCUCCAUUGAUUGAGGCCCUGAGCAGGAAACGUAAGCAAGUGUGGAUCACAUCGGUUAGGCCAGAAGAGGGAUGCAUCUAUUCUUGCUGGAACUAUGAGGAUACGAUGAAACGCCUCAUGUCUCAUGCGAGACAGUACGGUGUGAAGCUGCAGAUGGAGGAGAAAAGCAUUGGGGAGAUUUCUAGUGAACUGAUGAGGGAGGGAACAGGAGGCAGAGGAGAGUGGGUGGUGUUCAACUGCAUGUUGGGACUUCCCCACAUGGGUGGGAGGAGGAGAACAAGAACUAGAAUAGAGUUUCUCAAGGUAGCCAGGGGAGUGUUACAGAGAUGUGAUGGAAUUGUGGUUCUCGGGGAUGGAGAAGCUGGGGAGAGUUUGAAUGAUGGGUCAAGUUACUCCUUAUACUUUGAUCAUCUCUUAAGACACUACCGGGCUAUCUUUGAAUCGUUGGAGAAGAAUUUCCCUGUUUAUCUUGUAGAGGCAAGAACAGCUAUGGAAAAUCUUUUUCUGUCACCCCUAAUGUGCCCCAAAGUUUGGUUCCAGGAGUGGAAGGAGAUGAAAGAUUAUAGUCUUCUAUCAGAGAUGGAGGACUCAGGGAUGGAAGGUGUGAAGCACAGCCAAGAAAGUUUGGCUGUAGCUAAGCUGAUGGUGGAUGGAGGAGAUAGUUCAUACAAUGUGAAGAUUGGAAGCAAGAUGAUGGUCUUGCUGUGGAAGGAGACACCCCUGGUGAGGGUUUCUACUUGGGGUGUGAAAGAAGACAUGUCAAAGUACAUAUGA